AACUACUCGGAAAUUUUCGGAAUGUCUCGGAAAUAUUUACAUUGUGUGUUGCCAGGCGCAACAUCUCCUCACGUGCCAGUUUGAAUAUUAUACCAAGGCAGUUUUUAAUACGUUUGAAAAUAAAAUUCGGUUAAUAUGGCUGACAGGGAGGACCAAGUAUUUGGUGCAAAGUUGGCGGAACAGGCAGAGCGCUACGACGAAAUGGUGAACUACAUGGACAGGGUUUCUAAGAUGGGAGAUGAAUUAAGCGCAGAUGAGCGAAAUUUACUUUCAGUUGCUUACAAAAAUGUGAUAGGCGCCCGUCGCGCAUCAUGGAGAAUUUUAAAUAGCAUAGAAUCCAGAAACAGUGGUGAUGACAACAAGCAUGAAGCUAUACUUAAAGCAUACAAAGGUCAAGUUGAAAAGGAAUUGAAAGAACGUUGUGAGAAUAUAAUAGCUCUCUUGGACGAUCAUCUCAUUGUAAAUGUAACUAAUACAGAAGCAAAGGUGUUCUACUACAAAAUGAAAGGUGAUUAUUAUCGAUAUCUUGCCGAAUUUCAAUGUGAAGGAGCCAGAAAAGAAGCCGCAGAAAAUAGUUUGCAAGCUUAUAAGCUUGCAAGUGAUGCUAGUCGUGAUCUCGCCUCAACUCAUCCAGUAAAACUCGGACUUGCACUUAACUUUUCAGUAUUUUAUUAUGAAAUACUCAAUUCUCCUGAAAGGGCAUGUAGGUUAGCAAAAGCUGCCUUCGAUGAAGCACUCAAUGACUUGGAUUCGAAACUAAACGAUGAAAACUCUACUCCUAAAGAUUCAACCCUGAUACUGCAGUUGCUUCGUGAUAAUCUUACUUUAUGGACACCAGAUUUGAGUACACAAGAUGACAAUGAUGAUGAUGAUGAUAAAGCUGAUGAAGCAUUGCAAGAUGUUGAUAGUAAUGAUGGAAACUAAAGUAUUUCAGUCGCGAAUGGUUUUAUUGAAUCGUGAAAUUUUGCAAACAAGACUGUUGAUAGGUUGAAUCAUGAGCUGUUUGUGAAAACUUUUGUACUAAGCACAAUAUUUGACUAUCAUCUGGUGAAUACUAAAUGGAAAUUUGUAUUUUACUUGUGACGUCUUACUUAUUUUUUCCUUCUCCAUUUGGCGGUGUAUUAACUGCUAGGGGUAAUAAACAAAUUGCACAACAUUUCUAUGCCAAAUCGAAACAUAGUAUUAUAUUGCCAAAUAUAAAAAAAAAUAUAUAAGGGGAAUAAUUAUGCGAUUUACAGUGCGAACCUUAAAAAUGUUUUUUUCUUUAAAUUUUGCUGUGGGUAGUUUUUUAUGAAUUUUUCAUCUCUUGUUUUACACUUUUCUUGCUUAUGAUUAGAAUAUGUUAAGCAGAACUAAAAACUGUAUGUAUUACCCUUUCCACCAAUCUGAUUCUUUUUUUAAAAAGGUUUGAUCUGACUGAAGUUUCACAGUCCUUUCAAAGUUAUUAAAUCACAAUUUCUGGGAUAAAUGAAUAUUAUGGUCACAUGCAUAUAAUGUGAUUCAUGUUUUGUUGGAAAUUUAUUACUUUCAAUUUAUAUAUAUAUAGGUUAUGAUAUUGGGUAAACUUGUGCUGAAAUAUAACAUUGAUGAUUUGAUAAUUAUGAUAUGAAUGGUAGAGCUUGGCAGAUUUUUAGUGGGAUUUUGUCUCUGUUUAUUAGUCAAAAUGGUGAAAGCACAUAUCACUAACAAAACAUAUUUGUGCUGUUUUUUAAGUGAAUGAACUUGUUUGAAAUUAGGUUUCAACUCCUAACAAUAUAUGCUCUUCCCAGCGCUUGUUAAUUGAAAAUGUAAGAAGUUCCACUCUGUUUUUUGAUAUUGCAGUUUCAUUAAAUAGAUAUGUAGUAAUUUUAAGUCCAUGAAUAUGCUUUUAUUCCAACUCUCUGUUCAGUAGAUGUAAAAAAUACACAAUUUGAAACUGAGGUUCAAAAUGUUACCUAUGCUUCAUUCACUAUUUAAUAGAUAGACCUACCAAAUUGUUUUUACUGUUUUUGAAAUGAGUAUUUUUGCUACAAGUGGUGCUAAAAGUAUUUCUGUAGUAAUGCUUACUUGCUCUUUCAUAUUUAUAUUCAAAACAAAGAUCGUACUUGAUGUUUAUGAUUACUUGAUAAUAAUAUGUUAUCUCUGCAUAAUAUAAUAAAUAG